AUGUCGUCAUUUCGAAGAAAAAGCCUCCGGAUCACCCUGGGGGUGGUCUCCGCGGCGGCUGGCGCCAGCCUGAUAUCCAGAACCGACGUUCUCAUCAUCGGCUCCGGUGGCGCGGGCCUCACCGCCGCACUACGGGCCAAAUCCCUCAGGCUCAACCCCCUUGUGAUCGAGAAGAGCCCCAAGAUCGGAGGCACGACCUGCUACUCCGGCUCGGGUCUUUGGAUCCCCAACACCCACCUCCACGCCGAUCCCCGGGACAGCACCGAAAAGGCGUUGACCUACCUCGAGACCAUUGUUGGAGACGCCGGCCCUGUCUCCUCGCGCGAGAGAAAGCUGGCCUUCCUCGAGAAAGGACCCCAGAUGGUCAGGUGGCUCGAGGAAGCCGGUUACAAAUGGGCCGUCACCCCGGGGUACCCGGACUACUUCCCGCAUCAGCCCGGCAGCCAGGUGGGAGGGCGCACGAUUGAGGCGGCCAUGUGGGACGCCAACCUCCUCGGAUCGUGGAAGGACAAGCUCAACAUUAACCCCGUCCGCGCCCCGCUGCCCCUCUACACGUACGAACUGUCCAAGAUCGUCCGCGCCAAGUGCUCCUGGGACGGCAUGAUGACCGCCUUCAAGGUCUGGGGGGUCCGCCUGUACCCGAACCGGUUCCUGGGCAGCGACCCCGUCUGCCUGGGCGUGUCGAUGAUCGGCCAGUUGAUCUACCUCAACGUGCAGCAGGGGACGCCCAUCUGGACCGAAACCGCGCUGAAGGAGCUCACCACGGACGAGCAAGGACGGGUGACGGGCGCCAUCAUCGAGAGGCAAGGCCAGCAGCAGCAGCAGCAGAUCACGGUCGAGGCGUCCAAGGGGGUGAUCCUCGCCGCGGGCGGGUUCGCGCGGAACGACGCCAUGCGGAAAGCGUACCAAGCACCGCCCAUCACCGCCGACUGGACCUCCGCCUGCCCCACCGACCAGGGCGACGCCAUCACGGCCGCCACGGCGAAACCGGUCGGCGCGGCCACGGCCCUGAUGGACUCGGCGUGGUGGGGCGCCUCGAUGUGGGACCCGACCACCAAGCAGGGCAUGUGGUGCCUGUACGACCGCGGGCUCCCGCACUCCGUCAUCGUCGACCAGGAGGGCCGGCGGUACGUGAACGAGUCGCAGAACUACAACGCCCUGGGCACCGCCAUCUGGAACCGCCACAGGGAGAACCCAGCCAUCCCGUCCUACCUUGUCCUCGACUCGAACCACCGCGACCGCUACGUCUUCGCCGGCCGCUACAUGCCCGGCAAGGAGAUCCCGCAGCAGGACAUCGACUCCGGCUUCGUCACCAAGGCCGACACGCUGCCUGAACUGGCGUCCAAGCUGGGAAUCCCAGCCGAGGGGCUCAAGGCGACUGUGGAGCGGUUCAACGGGUUUGUCGACAAGGGCGUGGAUGAGGACUUCCGGAGGGGGGAGAGCCCCUACGACGCGUUCCUGGGAGAUCCGGCGUACGGGAAGAACCGGAACCUGGGGAAGAUCGAGAAGGGUCCGUUUUACGCCGUCAAGGUCUGGCCUGGUGACCUGGGGACCAAGGGCGGCAUAUUGACGGAUGAGCAUGCCCGUGCCGUGAGGGAAUCGGGCGAGGGGCAGUACGAGGUGAUCAAGGGUCUGUACGCCGUGGGCAACUCAUCGGCUAGUGUCAUGGGGAGGACGUACGCUGGUGCGGGAUCGACGCUGGGGCCGGGUUUGACGUUUGCUUAUAUUGCCGCCGAAGACUGCGCGAAGCAGUAGCAGCGGUCGCCGGGGUCGGGGAAGACUGUGGAGUGUAAGAAUUCAAGAGCUCAUAGUUGAGCUCUGGGCCAUGGGCUACCUUGUUUACUUUUAAGACUCGUGAGAAAUGAGUACGAUUACAGGC